GCUUCCGGCCUUGCCUCCUUGCGAACGCUUGAGGCUGAUUUUUUCCGUCAUGGCGGCUACCCUGAGCCUUUUGUUGGGCGGGCGUGUUCGUGCUGCCGUCGCUCGCUGUGGGUUCGCGACCCGAGGGGUGGCGGGCCCCGGCUCUGUCGGUCGCGAGCCGGACCCUGAUUCCGACUGGGAGCCGGAGGAGCGGGAGCUGCAGGAGGUGGAGAGCACCCUGAAACGACAGAAAAAAGCCAUCCGGUUCCAGAAAAUUCGGAGGCAAAUGGAGGCGCCGGGUGCCCCGCCCAGGUCCUUGACGUGGGAAGCCAUGGAGCAGAUCCGGUAUUUACAUAAGGAAUUUGCAGAGUCCUGGUCAGUUCCCAGAUUGGCUGAAGGUUUUGAUGUCAGCACUGAUGUCAUCCGGAGAGUUUUAAAAAGCAAGUUUGUACCCACACUGAAGCAGAAACUGAAGCAGGAUCAGAAAGUCCUUAAGAAAGCUGGGCUUGCCCACUCACUCCAGCAGCUCCCAGGCUCUGGGGAUGCCUUAAAGCCACUUUCUGUAGGCCACUUGGUAUCCGGCCCUUUGCAGAUGCCUAAGGAUGAAGCCUCCUCCAAAGGCCAGCGUCACGGCACAGCUUUGAAAGUGACAGAAUCAAACACUCUCAGUGCAAACACACCGAUGAGACAGAAGGGGAGGAAUAGAGGAACCCAGGUCCGCGAGGAAGAGAGCUUUGUGCCUGGUGCUGCAGCACAAGGUCAUCAGAGAGCGCUACACUCUGGCGAUUGUGAGGGCACGAGGGGAGCUGUCAGUGAUGGACGGCCACGUAACAACAAGCUGGAGGAGUUGAAGGCAGAGGAUCUGGGUGACCAGAACUUCAGCAGCAAAGUAGUGCAGAGGGGGCGAGAGUUCUUUGACAGCAACGGGAACUUCCUGUACAGAAUUUGAGCUGGAUCCUGUCUUCUGGAAAUGCCACGUGAAACACAGGUGGGCAAGUGCAUUUGGAGCUGCCUGAAUUUCUGUCUACAGAUUAUCCACCUUCAAACAGGAGGAAAUGAUAAGCCUGGAAUAUGGGAGGAAAGAGCUGCUUGGAUCUGAAUCUGACAAAAGGGCAGUGAACUUCACGUGGCAAAUGUGUAUUGGGGCAGGGUGAAUGACAGGCACGGUAGAUUCCAGCCUCCUGGGCUGAGCCAUGUGUUAUCUUCAGCACUCCCCCUUCUUGCUUGCUCUCUGUAUGUUGAAACCAGCCUGUGUUGCAUGUGCUAUUAGGAGUUUCUGUGAUGUUUGCAGUAUAUGUUUGGGAGUAAGUGAAUGGUUUGCCUUCUGACCUCAUUUACUCUUGGUUAAUGAACACUAACAGUUGUGGAACUGCUUAGUCAAUUGCUUGUUUUCAUUAUGUGCAAAAUAAAGCAAAUAUAGCUUUC